AUGGAAGCUAGAAGGCUCCUGAUAUUGAUGUGUCUGCUGAUACUGCGGAUGCUAAGUCUGAGAUUGGCAGUGCUACUGCAGACAACACGAGCGAAGUGGCUCAAGGAGAUGGUACUGGGUCGGAGGAGUCUGCUGAGAAGUCUGAAGGGGAGGAGAAUAAAAGGAAGAAGAAGAAGAAGAAAAGCAACAAGAACAAGAAGAACAACAAUGGAGAUCAGUUUGACAAGGAGAAGGAAGCACAGUCUAGAGUGGAUGACA